AUGGCACAACAGGCCAGGGCUACGAAGGGACAAACCCAGCCACCACAGAAACGAAAAGCAGCUCCCUCGGAUACAACUGAAUCAAACAAGAAAACAGAGGUUAACUUCCCCUCUGGCUCGGGAGCCUCAUUGCGUACGCAACUCAACAAUGCCCUAUCCACAGAAUUCGAUGACUAUGGACAGGAAUUUAUUUUCAAAAAGGCAGGAUUUCAAGCGCUGUCGGGUUCCUCCGCUCGGGAUGACAUGGAUUCGCUUCUGGCGCACAGUGAUGAUUCGGACGUCUCUAUCCGGUCAGAACCAUCGAGCAGGAAUAGGACACGGAGGAAUAGAAGACAACAGUAUCAAGAAGACGAGGAUGAGGCAUACAUCUGGCGCAGUGAUAGUGACAGUGAAGUCGAAGAGUUCAGCAUUUCGAAGAGUGAAAAGAGCACCUUCGAGUUUGACUACUCGGCAGAAAAGGCUAGGCGUUGGUCAGGCGUUGUCAACAUUCCCCAGGGGAUCUGGAGCGAAGAAGAGCGGGACCUCUUCUUUCGACUUGCUAUGCGUGGAUUUGAACCUCUCAUUCCGAAAUACUGGCAUUUGGAUUUCCCAACCCUUCCCGAGUCUCUAUUCGCAGAGGUUGGGCAUGAGGGAGAGGCAGUCAUCCACGCAAUAAAAUCCGAGUUUCACGCCAUAAAGUCACUUGUUGGUCUUUUCAAUAUCUCAGGUCGAGUGAGGGACUGCAGGAUUCUGCGCAUUCGACCGGAAACUGUAAUCAAACGGGCCAUCCAGAAAUAUAUCCGUUGGGCUUUGUUCGAUGCCGAUUUGGAUUGUCAUCCUCGAGUGAUGCCGGUCCAUGCAAUAUAUUCUCAGAAGACAGGAGAAUCAACCCUUCACGCCCUGGGAAAACUCAAUAGACGUCUAGAGAAGAGGGCCAAGUCGUACCUCAAUGCUGCAGGCUCGAGUCAACAUUCUUCUGAUCGCGUCUAUCCCGUCCUUUACGGCUUCUUUGUAUGUGGACCGAUAGUUGCAUUGCUGACAAUGGACAGUGAUCCUGAAAAAAUAGCAGGUCGGAAAGAUGGCGCCGGAAGUCGAUUUGUUUCCCAAUUUGACCUUUCGGAACGUGGGCAGGACGUGUGGAAUUCACUGGCGAUUGCAAUUAUGACAAUGUAUAUGCGCAAGACGAUGAUAAAGGUAAAGGAAGAUGCGCAAAGAGGCCUUUGGAGGCUUCCUAAUAAUGUGCCUGUGGAUGCGGAGGAAGAUCACUAG